CUUGUCGGCGAACCGCACACAAACACGCAUGCACGCACACUCGGUGGAAGGGCAGACGACACGCAACUACGAGGAAAGAAGGCUUUGAUGGCGGACUACGGAGCACCACCUGCGUACUCGGCGACCGCUGAGAGUGGCAAAGGCGACGGUCGUGGAGAGCUGGCGUCUGCCUACCCGGCCAUGCCCGAAACGAUGCCGAGCGAGGGAGGACCGAGUCGUGACCAAGGUGGUGGCGGAGGGUAUGGGACGGGAUACAACCCUGCGAUGGCGACGAAUCAACAGGGCGGACACCAAGUUCAGUUUGCUGGUCAACCGUAUGGGGCAUCGUACCAGCCUGCACCGGCAUACAAUCCCGUGUAUGGGGAGGAGGAGCUCAAGGCGCUGGAUAUGGUCAUGGCCAGCACGCCUACCAACCUCAUCUGCAGAUGGCUCAUGGUCCGCCGGCCAACAUGGAUCAUCGGCAGAUCCGUCCUCGUCGUGGGGUUUGUGGCUACCUUGGCGGCUGGCUUGCUGCCUUUCUCUGCUGUGCUGUCGCGCCGCUGGUCAUCUUCUCCGUCUUCUCGGCAACGUACUCGAAUGUCAACAUGGGCAUGUUCAUCUGGAUGCCGGCCACGGUCUUUGUUCUUGGCUUUCUCUCGCUCUGCGCCUUUCGCCGUCUCUCGCACGGCGUCCUUGCUCCGCCGCUUGUCGCGCUCCUCCUCCUUGCCCUCUUCACUCUCCAGUCGGCCAUCUUUGUGGGUGUUGACUAUCAUCAGAAGUGCAUCGAGUAUGAGAACCUUGGUGGGCGGGCAACGCGGAUGCUGUACGGGCCAGCAUGCCCGUGGGGUGCAGUCAUCUACUCUGGCCUGGCGGGCGUGGUUGGCUUUGUGGUCAUCGGCUUUUGCAUCUUUUGCUGCGGCUGGUCGUCGGGCAAGUCGCGCGAGCGCAUGCUCGCCUACCGUGCGCUCUCGGGCGUCCCGGUCGGUCUCAGCUCGUUCCACACUCCAUUCCCCAAGCUCAGUCUGCGGCGCAAGAUCAUCAACGGCGUCCUCAUCUUUGUCCUUGUCGCUGUCUUUGUUUCGGUCUUCUACUCGCUCACCUUUACCACCCACCCGUGGCUGGUCGUCGAUUCCGAGGGCAACACCUUUGGCCCCGACAAGCCGCCCAAGGGCGUGACCACCUGCCCAGCCGGCGACAUCUUCUACCACCAGCCGCACACCGCCGAUUUGCCGUGCUGCCGCUGGCACAACAAGGCGACGUGCGUCGAUGUCCACAAGCUUUACGCCUCGAACACACCGUCGGACCCCACGUGCGUGACCAAUACCGGCGACAACGUGUUUAUCAAUGGUACUCUCGCCCCGUCGUGCAGCGUUUGCGAUCUGAAGCCAGAUGUCUGGCUCUUCUUUGACGAUCCGCCCGGCUGCGACGGCGACGACGACUGCACGUACCAGAACUCCAAGUGCAACAAGCUCUCGGGCCUCUACACCUGCUCGAUGUUCUCAGGCGCCGCCGCAGAGUUCCUCGACUACGGCACCGCCUCGCAGCCCAUCAACAAGCUCCGCAUGUGCUCUUCCUUCUGCGACGAGUGGUGGACCGAGUGCCAACCGUUCAUCAACAGCAACGACUACUCCUCGCCACGCGACUUUUGCACUGCCGUCGGCACCAACAUCGAGAUUGUGAGCAACUCGACAAAGUGCUUCUCUGCCGCCUCUACCCUUGGCUCCCCGUCGCGCCUCGCCCUCGCCGCCCUCGCCAUCAUCGUUGCCCUCUUUUCCAUGCUCAGCUAAAAAUCACCACGCUUCCACA